ACCCUGUGCUGCAUAAAAAAAUUAUCUGUCAUCGAACAAAAGCAAACUUUGAAACAAGAUGUUCUCUGCAAAGUUCCUACUGCCUUUUUUGAUGACCUACUUGACAGUGGGCUCUCUCCAGCCGAUGAAUGGGUUAAAUCAAGAUUUUCAAGGUCACUUACCUCCAGCUUUGGAAUCAGCAAAUGACACUUUGAGCACUUCCUCUCACGUUGCAAAGCGAUUCAUAAACUCUCGUGCCUGUCGUGAGAUCUUCUCAAGUAUCGACCCUCAAAAGUAUUUCCAAAGCAACGACAUCUUUUUUCCCAGGUUUGUCCACACCGUGAAAUGCGAAGGCACUCCAGACAAUCCAGUGCACUGCGGUUCAGCGCAAGGGAGUAUGCGCUGUUUGACCAGAAUGAGCGACGUGAAGGUCAUGCGCAUACCAAGUUCGGGACAGUGCUCCUGGCGCAGACCCGUUAUGAUCAGGAAUGUACCUGUAGGAUGUUAUUGCGAGUAUUAAGUUACUCAAAGUGAUUACAAGGAACUUCAAUUUUACACAUCUCAUUAAAAGGCAUUAUUUAAAUGAAGUGUUAUUGAGAGAGUACAAAAAAUCUCUCAUACAUAUGUACUAGAUUAUUAUGAUAGCAAACUUUAAGAUAUCCGAGCUGAUAUGCAAUGUAGAGUUA